GGAUCUUCGCGCGAUCAACAGCGUCAGUGAGCUGCCGAUGCACAAGCCAUGGACCAUUCCGCUGAAUUGGAACGGAAUUCCUGUGAACAUGGAGGUCGACACCGGUUCCCCAGUAUCAGUCAUUUCGACGAAGCUAUCGUGCUACCUGGGAUCCCUACCAGUUAAAGGAGUUCUCCACAUGACAGUGGAACACGAAGGACAGUGUGCAAAGGCGUCAGUCUACGUCUUGGACUGCAAUGGACCGAGUCUGUGCGGCCGCGACGUAAUUGGAGCGCUACAUCUACUCCAGAAGAUCAACUUCGCCGAGGCGGAAGACCGGGUCUCCGAACUCAAGACGAAGUUUGGCGAGUUGUUCAAGCCUGGAAUAGGCCAAAUGGAGGGACCACCAGUGCACCUGCACCUUCGCCAAGACGCAAGACCGAGAUUCUUCAAGGCAAGAUCUCUUCCCUAUGCGCUGCGAGACAAGGUUUCAGCUGCGCUCGACCGUCUUUGCCAAGAAGGAAUCCUGUCGCCGGUGACACAUUCUGAAUGGGCGACUCCCAUCGUGCCGGUGAUGAAAAAAGACGGUUCCGUGAGAAUCUGUGGGGACUUUAAGGUCACACUAAACCCUGCCUGUGACAUUGAACAGUACCCUCUCCCAAGAAUCGAGGACUUGUUCGCAUCACUGAAUGGCGGAGAAUGCUUCUCGAAAUUGGACCUGAAGGAUGCGUACCAACAGGUUCCCCUCGACGAGUCGUCAAAGAAGGUGGCAGUGAUAAACACGCAUCGUGGACUCUACUGCUACAACAGACUGCCCUAUGGAAUCGCCUCGGCCCCGGCGAUAUUUCAGCGCAGGAUGGAAGCACUCCUACGCGACCUUCCGGGGACGCAGGUGUUCCUCGAUGACAUUCUGGUGGCAGAACGCGAGGAAGAAUUCGGGCGAAACUUGGAGAAAGUACUCCAAAAACUGCACAGCAGCGGUGUUCGUCUUCGAGAAGACAAGUGCGAAUUCCGGAGGCAAGAGGUAACCUACCUUGGACACCGAAUUGACCGUGAUGGGCUACAUCCUGAAGAACAGAAGCUAAAGGCUAUCAAAGAAGCGCCAACACCAAGAAAUGUGCAAGAGCUAAGGUCGUUCCUUGGAUUCUUCACGUAUUAUAGGAGCUUCAUUCCCCGCAUGUCAACCAUGCUCAACCCCUUGUACGACCUACUCAAACUGAAUGCGAAGUGGCAGUGGGACACGGCCCAAGAAACAGCGUUUCAGGAAGCAAAGAACGCAAUUCAGAACUGCGGAUUUUUGGCUCAUUUCGACCCAUCGAAAGAAGUACUGCUGGAGUGCGAUGCAUCGCCGUAUGGAGUGGCAGCGGUGCUUUCUCACCUGAUCGAUGGCGUCGCGAGGCCGAUUGCGUUCCGCUCCAGGACCUUAUCGCCCGCUGAAAAGAACUACUCGCAUCUCGAAAAAGAAGCUCUUGCCUUGAUCUUUGGUGUCACCAAAUUCAGAGAUUAUCUCCUGGGGAGACAAUUCACACUGGUGACAGACCACAAACCCCUUGUUGGACUCUUCAGGGAAGACAAAGCUAUCCCAGCAACAGCGGCUAGCAGGAUCCAGAGGUGGGCUCUGACACUUGGUGGAUACAUGUACAACAUACGCCACAGGGCUGGGAAGUGCAACGGUAACGCCGACAUGCUAAGCCGGCUUCCACUGAAUGAUGGAAGUCAAUCACCGACAAGCCCAGAGCAAGUGGCCUUCGUAAAGCAACUGGAAACAGGACCACUUUCGGUGAAACAACUCGCGGAUUUGACAGCUGCGGACCCGGAGUUGAGUAAACUUCGAACGACUAUCCUGGAAGGAUGGCCAAAUCAGCCACAAGAUCCCACUCUCGAACCCUUCUGGACCCGUAGAGCGGAGAUGUCGGUGGAGGAAGGACUUGUGGUGUGGGGGAGAAGAGUAGUAAUUCCACGAAAGGCAAGGCGAGCGGUGCUGCUGGAGCUACACGACGCCCACUCUGGCAUGGCUGCGAUGAAGUCCCUGGCCAGAUCGCUCUGUUGGUGGCCAAACAUGGAUCGCGACAUCGAGAACAUGGCCCGCGACUGUCAUCAGUGCCAGCAAGCGCAACCUAUGCCGCCCUCAAGGGAGCCACUGUCGUGGCCAGCAGCGACCAUACCCUGGUCAAGAAUCCAUAUCGACUAUGCGGGGCCAGUCGACGGACAAAUGCUGCUAAUUGUAGUAGACAGCUACUCUAAGUGGAUUGAGGCUGUUCCGGUGAAGAGUGCUACUUCAGAAAAGACCGUAGAAGUAAUGCGAGGACUAUUUGCUCGUUUUGGAGUACCAUACUGUAUCGUUUCGGACAAUGGCACUCCCUUCACCGGACAGCCCUUUAAAGAUUUUACAUCCCAGAACGGCGUGCGUCACGUUCGAACAGCACCAUAUCACCCACAGUCGAAUGGACUCGCCGAACGGGCUGUGCGAACGGUGAAGUCGGCGCUGAAAAAGAUUUCCGGCAAAGACUUACAGACAAAGCUGGACCGCUGGUCGCUUUCAUACCGGCGAACACCCAACAGCACGUCAGGAAAAUCUCCGGCAGAACUCUUGGUAGGACGUCAGAUACGUUCGAGAUUGGACCUCAUUAACCCCGCGCGGCUGGAGAAAAAGGAAGAACAACAACCUCAGAUCACCGCUGACAAACGACUUCAACCAGGAAGAACCGUGUUUAUCCGCAACUACGGAUCGGGUUCCCGUUGGAUUCCGGGAGUCGUAAAGGAGACGAAGGGAGCGCGCAUGGCAAUCGUUACUACACCAGACGGCGAUGUUGUUCGACACGCCGACCAGAUCAGGCUGAAGAUUCCGGAAAUGGAAACACCAACUUCUGAGGACGACACAUGGAUGGACGACGUCGGCAUUCCCGAGGCGCCAAACAUGCCAGCGCCAAGAAGGUCAACUCGUCCGAGACGGAAACCUUCGCGCUUUCAAGCCGCCUAGUGUAAACCAAGGGUGGAGGAGUGCUACGUACGCGGACCGUACGAGCCAUCGGUACGAGCCAUGUUCCCCGACCGACGGAGAGCAACCCGACACCCCCGAUUUCGCAAGCGGGGCCCCGGCGGAGUUUCCCUCUCCCGUCUCUCUCCUGGCUGAAACAUAAGCAGCAGCGGAUCACCGACGCUCUUCGGCACGAAGAAGAUGCUCUGUGCUGGUUUUGACUUGACGCCUUUCUUUCGCUAUAAUAAACACAGUUAACCGCACCUUGACUCAGCCACCGUCACUCGUAAAGUAGUC